AUGCCUAAAACAAAAAAUACGACACGACCUUUGCAGGCUUAUUUUACCUCCGUACCUACCAGCGAAAGGAAAAGCGCGACAGCUGCUUUCGCUACGGCAUCAUCCCUGAUGGAGAAAUCAUCUCAACCAAGACGUAUGAUUCCUAGAGAAAAAGUAAGACGUCCUAACUCAGUUAUACGCAAUAAAGCAGAGGUUUCAGUAAAAUAUGUAAAAACCGAAGAAGAGGAAGGGAUUCAAACAAUUAAUAAACGCAAUUUUCAAAAUAAACCAAUAAAAAAAGAGAAGGAUUGGGGUCUUAUAAAAGAAGUAACUAAUAAAUAUCAAAAUGAGCAUAAUAACAAUGUUUCAGUAAAAAAAGAAGAGAAAAGAAAUUUGGACUUUGAAGUUUCAAAACAAAAACCUACAAAUUAUACAGAAUCUUCACAGGAUGAUUUUUUCGAUGACUCUUUGUCCGAUGAUGAUUGUUGGAACGAAAAGACAAAAGAAAGAUGGUUAGAUUUAAAACGUAGUCUUUCAGAAGAUUGCAGUGAAGUGCCAAUUACAACAAUGUCACAAGAAAAGAAGCUCACUAAAGAGCAACUUAAGAUCUAUGAUCUAGCGUUAAAUUCUCGAGAUGGAAUAUUCUUUACAGGAUCUGCAGGUAGUGGUAAAAGUAUGUUACUUCAACGAAUAAUCACUGCGCUUAAGAAUAAGUUAGGAAGUGAAUCGGUAGCAGUUACUGCACCUACAGGUGUAGCAGCAAUAAAUGUUAGUGGAAAUACUUUACAUUGGUUUGCUGGAAUUGGGAAAGGUGAAGAAGAUGAAAAAAUUCUUCUUAAAAAAGUUAAGAAUAAUAUGAGUGCUAAAACGAGAUGGCUUAAAGUUGAGGUUCUCAUCAUUGAUGAAAUAUCGAUGUUAGACGGUAUUCUAUUUGAUAAACUUGAAUUUAUUGCAAGAAGAAUUCGAAAUAGUAAUCAACCAUUCGGUGGCAUUCAAAUAAUUGUAACUGGUGACUUCUUUCAACUUCCUCCAAUUGCAAAUGCCAAUACAAAAGUUAAAUUUUGUUUUGAAGUAGCUUCUUGGAAAAAAUGCAUCAAAAACACUAUUCAAUUGACCCAAGUGUUUCGUCAGAAAGAAACUGAAUUGAUCAACAUAUUAAAUGAUAUUAGAGUAGGAAAAAUUACAGAGAAAUCAUCGGAACUUAUUAAAAGUCUAAAGAAACCAGAAUAUCCGGAUGAUGGAAUAUUACCUACUGAAUUAUUCCCGCGUAAUUUUGAAGUAAACAAUGCGAACCUUGCACAGUUGGAAAAAAUAAAACAUAAAUCUCAUUCAUUCUUUGCUAAAGAUUGGCAACCCGAUAAGAUCGGACAAUUAGAAAAAUUGGAUAAAAACUGUCUGGCUCCUAAAGUAUUAGUAUUAAAAAGAGAAGCUCAGGUCAUGUUGAUUAAGAAUACUAGUAAAGAAUUAGUGAAUGGAAGCCGAGGAGUUGUUAUUGGCUUUCGAUCUAUUGCUACUAAUCAGGACUUUUAUAAAGGCGAAGAAGAGACAUUAAAUGUAGGUGAUUUAGAACCUAUUGUAAGAUUCGAUAAUAAUAUCGUAAUGCCAGUAAAAGAAGCCGAAUGGACUUUGAAUGGAAUGGGAGAAGUAAUCUUGGCAAGGCGUCAACAAAUACCGUUGAUUCUUGCUUGGGCAAUCAGCAUUCAUAAAAGUCAAGGGCAGACUUUGGCUCGUGUUAAAGUUGAUCUUAAAAGAGUUUUUGAGAAGGGACAAGCCUACGUAGCUCUUUCCCGGGCAACUUCAAUCAAAACAAUUCACGUGCUUGGGUUUGAUGAAAAAAAAGUGAUGGUACAUGAAAAAGUCAAGGAAUAUUAUGCAUCACUUUCCACAAAUUUAUAUAUCUCAGAAGUUAAAGAUGAAUAUGGCGACUCCAAACCGAAAGAUAAAGAAAAUGAAAAGACCAAGGAAUAUUGUAAUCCACUUAACUCAAAUUCACUUGCCUCGGAAGUUAAAAAUGAAUCUCAUGACAUCAAAAACGAAAUUUCCCAGAAAUAUUAUACUUCACCCGCCGCAAAAGUUAAAAAUGAAUAUAAUGACAUCAAAAGUGAAAUUUAUAACCGGGUAAACAAACGCAAGGCUCAAGAGAUUGAUGAUGGUGAUUCUAGUGAUUCUUGUGUAAUAACGGGCUACAAGUCUAUAAAAACUGAGUAG